AUGGCGCUGCAGCUGGUGGCGCCGCGCGGCCGCUGCUGCCUGAGGCUGCUGCGGCCUCAACAGUGGAACCCAGGACAAAGAUUUGUGAAAUGGGCUUCGACGCUAGGAAGUCACAACAUAGAGAAGAUCCUGAUUGCAAACCGAGGAGAAAUCGCAUGCAGGGUGAUGCGAACAGCAAGGAGAAUGGGUGUGAAGUCUGUAGCAGUUUAUAGUGAAGCAGACAGAAAUUCCAUGCAUGUAGCAAUGGCAGAUGAAGCAUUCUGCAUUGGCCCAGCACCCUCACAGCAGAGUUACCUGGCCAUGGAGAAAAUAAUUCAGGUGGCCAAGGCCUCAGCAGCACAGGCUGUUCAUCCAGGUUAUGGUUUCCUCUCAGAAAACACAGAGUUUGCAGAAUUGUGCAAGCAGGAGGGAAUCAUCUUCAUAGGUCCACCUUCAUCUGCUAUCAGAGAUAUGGGUAUUAAGAGCACUUCCAAAGCUAUAAUGUCUGCUGCUGGCGUUCCUGUUGUUGAAGGUUAUCACGGAGAAGAUCAGUCAGAUGAAUGUUUGAAAGAACAUGCCAAAAGAAUAGGAUAUCCAGUAAUGAUUAAAGCUGUUCGCGGAGGCGGAGGAAAGGGCAUGAGAAUUGCUCAUUCAGAAAAGGAAUUUCUGGACCAGCUAGAAUCAGCUAGGAGAGAAGCAAAGAAGUCUUUUAAUGAUGAUGCAAUGCUGAUAGAGAAAUUUGUUGACCAGCCAAGGCAUGUUGAAGUCCAAGUAUUUGGCGACCAGCAUGGCAAUGCAGUCUACUUGUUUGAAAGAGACUGCAGUGUGCAAAGAAGGCAUCAGAAAAUCAUUGAAGAGGCACCUGGGCCAGGAAUUAAUCCAGAAGUUCGAAAGAGACUCGGAGAAGCUGCUGUCAAAGCAGCUAAAGCAGUGAAUUAUGUGGGAGCAGGAACAGUGGAAUUUAUUAUGGAUUCCCAACAUAAUUUUUACUUCAUGGAGAUGAAUACCAGACUGCAAGUGGAGCAUCCUGUUACGGAAAUGAUCACUGGAACAGACUUGGUGGAAUGGCAGCUUAGGGUUGCAGCAGGAGAGAAGAUUCCUCUAAGGCAGGAGGAGAUUCUGCUCCGAGGCCAUGCAUUUGAAGCAAGGAUAUAUGCUGAAGACCCUAAUAAUGACUUUAUGCCAGGGGCUGGACCACUGCUACACUUAUCUACCCCCCUACCUGAUAGUUUCACCAGGAUAGAGACUGGAGUCAGACAAGGUGAUGAGGUUUCUGUCCAUUACGAUCCAAUGAUUGCAAAGUUAGUUGUUUGGGCUGAGGAUCGUCAAGCAGCGCUAAGAAAGUUGAGAUACAGUUUGCACCAAUAUAAUAUUGUAGGAUUAAACACUAAUAUUGAUUUCUUACUGAGCCUCUCAAGACACCCGCAGUUUGAGGCUGGAAAUGUGCACACUAAUUUCAUUCCUCAGCACCACGAUGAGCUGUUUCCAGCCCAAAAGGCAACUCCACAUGAAGUUGUGUGUCAGGCAGCUCUAGGACUCAUACUGAAAGAGAAAAUGGUAACAGAUGCUUUUAGAGAUCAGGCAGGUGAUAAAUUCUCACCAUUUGCAUCCAGCAGUGGUAGAAGAUUAAAUAUAUUGUAUACUAGAAAACUGUCUCUUCUGGAUGGGGAAAACACUGUGGAUGUAAUGGUAAAUUACAAUCGAGAAGGGACAUACAACAUGCAGAUCGAAGAUAAAACGUUCCUGAUUUCUGGAGAUAUCUUCAAAGAAGGCAAUUCUUUUUACUUGAGAUCUUCAGUAAAUGGAGCAAUUUCUAAGUCCAAAAUGGUCAUUUUGGACAACACCAUUUAUCUCUUCACUCCGGAAGGUAGUGCUCAGAUUGGUCUUCCUGUGCCCAAGUACUUAUCUGCAGUGAGCUCAGAGGGAAUGCAAGGUGGUGCCGUAGCACCCAUGACUGGCACAAUUGAAAAGAUAUUUGUGAAAGCAGGUGAUAAGGUUCAAAUUGGGGACCCUCUAAUGGUUAUGAUAGCUAUGAAAAUGGAGCACACCAUAAGAGCUCCAAAGGCAGGAGUGAUCAAAAAGGUUAAUUUCCAAGAAGGUGCCCAAGCCAACAGACAUGCUUCUCUAGUUGAAUUCGUGGAUGAAGAGUCUGAGUCCAAAUAAGAUGCAAGGAAGGUACAUUUUACAUUUUACCUUUUCUACUUUGCCGAUUUGUUCUAAAGGAGAAGGUGUCUUCAUGUUUUCAAUAACCUGUUUUGGGAAGUGAGCUGGGGAACGGUUUCCUCUGCAGUCCCUGAAUAGCUUGACUCUAAAUUGGGCUAACCUUGCCAAAAUGUUGGAUAUCGCUAUACUGUAAUCACGUGUGUCUGUAAUUAAUGUAUAGUGACUACAUGAUUGAUACUGCCUAGUUAUGUUUGUCUGUGUAAAGGUAGAGGACUGAAACGAUGUUGACUCCUCUUCAUCAGGACUGCAAUUUACAGCCAGUGAGGGUUUCUUCUGCCUACUUUUUAAUUCAUAGGUGCCUUUUUUUUUCUCCUCUGGAUGAGCAUUGACUGAAAAGAGAUCUGAAAGGUGACAGCUAUUUUAUGAAUUCCUUUCUGAGGCAGAAUUCUUGUUUCUGGUCUUUCAAAUUGCCUGGAUAAGGAAUUUGGGGUAGUUCCUUAGCCCAUAAUCUUUAUAACUCUCUCUUUUGGUGCUUCUAUUUUCCUAUUUACCUCAGCUAGUAGUGAAAAAUCUGUAUUUCAAAGAAUAUUUAAAAGACCUAAAAAUUCAAAAAUGUGUAUUUACAUUUGCUACACUAAUCAAAGCCGUAACAUGACUGUUUCUCUAAAAGAGCACCAAAAAGAUAAAGUAGCAGCACAGAAAAACAAUAAUCUUGAUUAAAUUGUGUGUCAAAAUAAUAACAGAAGACUUCAAUAUUCAUAUUUUUUCCACGUUAUUCAUCUU